ACUGCGAACGGGAGAAAGGCCGCCAUUACUGGGAAGCUGGGGGAAAAAAUACAUUUACACUCUCGCAUACACGCAUACAUACACACACAUUCUCUCACGCACAUCGUUUUGCAAACGGCUUGUCCGAGGGAGUAAAACUAACUAGUAUGGAACUGUCGGGAGGAGUCGCAUUGUCGAGCCAUAUGCUGUGAAAGCAACUUAAACGUGGCUCGGCAAGGGAACAGGCAUGUCCAAAGUGUUUUUGGAGCGCAACAAAGGAAAUAAUAAUUGGUCAAAAAACAACGUGGUGAGCCCAGAGGAAGACGCAGCGACACAAACCUCUGAUUUUUGUUCCCUCUACGCCCCCUCCUUUCAAACAAGAAAAUCCAGUGGACCACAUACCGACAUCUAGGAUUGUUUUUUCGCCGGUCGAAGCCUGUAUUUCUCCCUUUUAGCAUUGGGUGGAAGAGAGCAAGAACCAAGAAACUGGGGAAACAAACUUUACGCGUCUGAAAUGGAAGCGUAAUUUGGAAAGGAACACUAUUUACGCAUCGGCAAACGAAAGGGAACUAACCAAGCCAUUCUAAAGACCCUUUGUCGAACUGCUAUCUAUCUUGGCUUUAUUCUAUUUUUCCACCCAGCCGGCCCGGGGUUUGCUACUUCAGUGUCCAACAGAGACCAGCGGCGUACAAGAGAGUGAACCGGAGAGACGGAGGAAUGCUAUGAUCUGGACCAGACCGGCACCAGAUCAGAACCAUAUUAGGACUGGACCAGAACCACGGAUGAGCCAGAUUACAGAUCAGAGCCGGAGUGGAUAAACUUAAGACCCCUUUCUACCGCGCUUCCUGGACCUACAGUGGAUGAGAUGGGUCAGAAUAGAGCGACAUUGUCCGCUUCCGCCUAAGCGCCUCCUACUGCCUUCCUCCCCCACCCCCCGCCCCCUCCAUACCCUCUUCCUCACCUCUCACCCCCCAUCCCUUGCCCUCAGCCUCUUCCUUCAGUUCCCCCCUGAACUGGAUUUUGGACUGGAUUUGGAGGCUACAGCCCUGUUGAUUGCAAGCAAAACAGAAGGAACAGACUGAGCCAAACAGAAGGGAAAAAAAUCAGACCUUGAAAUUCCUCAUAGUUUUGUUUUUCUGUGAUCCUCUUGAGACAACGAUUGAAAGCACUUGUAUGGAACAUUGCAGCGUGCAAACUAGAGCUUCUGGGAAUGUCAGGAUGAGGGCCCUUAUACGAUGAUGAUGGCUAAAAAGCAAGACACCCGGACGCCCACCCACAAUCUGGUUGUGGUCGGCUUGUCCGGGACCGAGAAGGAGAAAGGGCAGUGUGGGGUCGGAAAGUCAUGUCUGUGCAAUCGCUUUGUCCGCCCCAGUGCCGAUGACUUCUACCUGGACCACACCUCUGUUCUCAGUACCAGCGACUUCGGCGGUCGCGUGGUGAACAAUGACCACUUCCUGUUUUGGGGCGAGGCCGGGCGCACAGUGGACGAUGGGUACGAGACCCGCAUGCACGUCGUGGAGCAGACGGAAUUCAUCGAUGACCAAACGUUCCAGCCGCACCGCAGCACAGCCCUGCAACCCUACAUCAAGAGAGCCGCCUCCACCAAGCUGGCGUCGGCCGAGAAGCUGAUGUACUUCUGUACGGACCAGCUAGGCUUGGAGCAGGACUUUGAGCAGAAGCAGAUGCCAGAGGGCAAGCUGACGGUGGACGGCUUCCUGUUGUGUGUGGACGUGAGCCGUGGCAUGAACCGCAACUUUGAUGACCAGAUGAAGUUUAUCACCAACCUCUACAACCAGCUGGCUAAAACCAAGAAACCAGUAGUGCUGGUGCUGACGAAAUGUGAUGAGGGAGUUGAGCGCUACAUCAAGGACUCGCACACCUUCGCCUUGACGAAGAAGAACCUGCAAGUCGUUGAGACUUCUGCCCGCUCAAAUGUCAAUGUUGAACUUGCCUUCAUUACCCUUGUGCAGCUGAUCGAUAAAAGUCGCGGCAAGCCCAAGAUCAUCCCUUACUUUGAGGCUCUGAAACAGCAGAGCCAGCAAAUAGCUUCGGCCAAGGACCGCUAUGAGUGGCUGGUCAGUCGCAUUGUGAAGAACCACAACGAGACGUGGCCUAAUAUGAACCGCCGAAUGCAGACGUUCACGGAGUACAAAGAAUAUGUCUUCCUGGAAGGCACGUCCAAAGCCAAGAAGCUCUUCCAGCAACAUGUGCACAGACUGAAACAGGAACACAUCGAGAAGCGACGCAGAAUCUACCUUAACACUCUGCCGCAGGCUUUGAGAACCCUGGUAGCAGACCUAGAUGAGAUUGACCACCUCAGCUGGUCCGGAGUCCAGAAGGUUCUAGAGACCAAGAGGGAGUUCUCCACGUGGUUUGUGGUGCUCGACGACACGCCUUGGGAAACCACGCCGCACAUAGACAACAUGGAGGACGAGCGUAUCCCUCAAGAUCUACUGGAGACUCCUGCAGCUGAAGGGGUCUACGAGAAUCACUUGGGACAACUGCGAGAUGAUCGGAAGCGGGCCGAGAUGAGAUGGGAGUUCAAGGAGAGGCUGAGCAUGUCCCCUUUUGUAACUCCUGGCAAGCCGUGGGAGGAGGCUAGAAGCUUCAUCAUGAAUGAGGACUUCUACCAGUGGCUUGAGGAGACCGAGUACCUCGACAUCUACAACAAGCACCAGAAGGAGAUAAUCGACCGUGCCAAAGAAGACUUCCAGGAGCUUCUGCUGGAGUAUUCAGAGCUGUUCUACGAGCUCGAGUUGGACGCCAAGCCCAGCAAGGAAAAAAUGGGUACAAUCCAGGAGGUCCUUGGAGAAGAGCCAAGGUUCAAGGCACUGCAGAAGCUCCAGGCUGAGAGAGAUGCCCUUGUACUGAAGCAUAUCCACUUUGUCUACCACCCCACAAAGGACACUUGUCCUAAUAGUCCCCACUGUGUUGACGGGAAGAUAGAGCAAGUCCUUGCCUCUCAAUUCCCCACCCGUUACUCUUUUUCUGAUGGACAGAAGUCUCAGUAUGGCGAAGGCAAAGUAGAAAGGAUCAACUUGGUAAUUCUGGGAAAAGAUGGUCUGGCGAGGGAAAUGGCCAACGAGAUCAGGGCGCUAUGCACCAACGACGACCGGUACAUGCUGGACGGGAGGAUGUACGAGCUGUCGUUACGGCCUAUCGAGGGCAACGUGCGUCUGCCUGUUAAUUCCUUCCACACGCCCACCUUCACACCACAAGGAUGCCUCUGCCUCUACAACUCCAAGGAGUCCUUAUCGUAUGUGAUGGAGAGCAUCGAGAAGUUGCGGGAGUCCACCAUAAGCCGCCGGGAGAACAGCUUGUCCAUGCUCCCCCUGUCCCUCCUCCUGGUGACCAAGCGAGGCGUGGGCUCGGUGGGGGACAUUGGAGGCGAGACGGCCCACAGCUUGAUCGUCCAGGGGCAGCAGGUCGCUGGCAGGCUGCAGUGCAGCUACCUGGAGCCGGCCUCCCCUGGCGCUGGCUACGGGCGCAACGUCAACGAAAAACAGAUCAACCUGUUCCUGAGGGACCUCCUGGAGUCCCGCAAGACCCCUGGCAGUCUGGGCAGUAGCUCACCCCCUCCCGUGCCCGCCUUCAGGGACCAGCACGCCCCACAGAGCUCGGGCUCAGACGCCGACCUGCGGAUCAUCAUGUGCCUGAUGUGUGGCGACUCCUACGACGUGGACCAGCUCCUCUCCCCCUUCCUGCUGCCUCAGCACUGCAGGCCGUCGUCCAACCUGAGCAGCGGCACCUCCGUGCUGCUGGAGCUUCCGGUCGGUAGCCAGAAGCAGAGCAUAGACCUCUCCCUGCUCUCGUACCACUCUUCCUUCUCCCUGCGGAAGAGCCGCCUAGUUCACGGCUACAUCGCCGUCUACUCGGCCAAGAGGAAGGCGUCCAUGGAGACCCUGUGCGCGUUCCUUUGCGAAGUGCAGGACAUCAUUCCUGUGCAGCUGAUUGCCGUCGGGGAGAGCCAGGGGGAGCUAGCGGACUUCGACAUGGCCCGGGAGCAGGUAUCACAAGGAGAGGAGCUGGCUCACGAGCUCGAGGCCCGCUUUAGCACAGUGGUUUGUGGUCCCGGCGGGGUAGUCGGCGGCCUGCACCGAAUAGACCUCUUCCAGCCCUUCCUGAAGGAAGUGGUCGAGAAGAAGACCAUUGUGGAGGCCACACACAUGUACGACAAUGUGGCGGAAGCUUGCAGCACCAACGAGAGCGUCCACUCGCCUCGCUGCCACUCGCCAAUCCCCAUCACCACUCUGCUGGACUCAGAGGAUGAUGUGGACCCUUCGCCACCGUAUCCCGAUGGCACACUGUCCUCUCACAUGGGUGGCUACAAACCGGCCGACCUGGAGGCUGGCGACACCUUUUCGGUUAUCUCUGAGAUCUUCGAAAGCAAGAUCAACAACAAGGUGCCUCCGCAAGUGAGGCCCAAGCCCAUGGUCACGUUCGAUAUGCGCAAGGUCGGCCCUUACGACCCGGCGGGGAACCGGCGAUCGAUGCCCGCCGUAACGUGGCCGCCUGACGCCGGCUACGACCCCUCCGACUACGCCGAGCCCAUGGACGCGGUGGCGAAGCCUCGCCCUACGGAGGAGGAGAACAUCUACUCUGUCCCGCACGACAGCACGCAGGGCAAAAUCAUCACCAUCCGCAACGCCAACAAGAGCCACUCGAACGGCGGCGCCAACGGCUCCGACAGCGAAGCCGACAGCAGCUCACUGGAGCGCCGACGGAAGCUGUCGGCGGUGGGCGUGAAACCGCGGCUGUACCGCGACCGCUCCAAGCGGCUGGGCAAGUUCAGCACUUUCCGCACCAGCUUCUCUAUAGGCAGCGACGACGAGAUGGGCGGACCCCCCAAGAUCAAGGAGGACGAGGUGGGGCCGCACAAAGGAGACAACUCGCUGAACGAGGAAGGAGAGGACCCCAAGAGAAGGAACAUCCUGAGGAGCCUGCGUAGAACUACCAAGCAAAAGAGGCCAAAACCACGCCAUUCCAUCUCCAAGCCGCUGGAGAGUAACUACUUCGGGGUGCCGCUGGUGCAGGUGGUGUCCCCAGACAGGCCCAUCCCCCUCUUCAUCGACAAGUGCAUCCGCUAUAUCGAGGCUACAGGGAUGAGUACUGAGGGCAUCUACAGAGUGAGUGGGAAUAAAGCAGAGAUGGAGAGCAUGCAGAGACAGUUUGAUCAGGACCAUGGGCUGGACCUGGUGGAGAAGGAGUUCACUGUGAACACGGUGGCAGGAGCCAUGAAGAGCUUCUUCUCCGAGCUGCCCGAUCCACUGGUGCCCUACAACAUGCAGCUGGACCUGGUGGAUUCUUACAAAAUCAACGAUCGAGAGCAGCGCCUCCACACCAUGAAGGAUGUUCUUCGCCACUUCCCACGGGAGAACUAUGACGUCUUCAAAUUUGUCAUCAGUCACCUCCACAAGGUGAGCCAGCUGAACCGGGUGAACCUGAUGACCAGUGAGAACCUGUCCAUCUGCUUCUGGCCCACGCUGAUGCGGCCGGACUUCACCACCAUGGACGCGCUGACUGCCACGCGCACCUACCAGACAAUCAUCGAGACCUUCAUCCACCAGUGCGCGUUCUUCUUCUACAAUCAGCCGCUGGUCUCCGACAUCCCCGCGCCCUCCUCCGGCAACGUCAUGGGCGGCGGCAUCGGGAUCAACCUCCUCGGCGGCGGCGGACUGUCCGCCGGCGUCCCGGGCUCCCCGACGUCCGCCCAGGCGCCCACUUCCUCCCCGGCCACCACGGUCUUCCUCCCACUGACGCCGCCGGUCAUCCCGGGCUUCACGCCGCCCCAUCAGCUCUUCCAGAUGCAGCAACAACAACAACAACAACAACAACAACAGCAUCAGCAUCACCAUCACCAUCAGCAGUCUCCUCCCCACUCUCCGCCCCUGACCCCUCAGUCACCAAUCCAGGCCCUGCUGCCCCCUCUACACCCCCAUCACCACACCCCCCCUGCAGAGCAACACAUGCUGUAGAUGGAGGGAGGGAGAGAGAGAGAGAGAGAGAGAGAGAAGGAGGGAUGAAGGUUAGUUAGAGAAGAAUAACAGAAGAUAGAUGGGAUGAGAGUUAAAGAGAAGGAGAGGAGAAAAGAGAGAGAUAAAUAGAUAGAUAGAGAGAGAGACGGGAGAAUGUAGACAGGAGGGAGGAGGACCCAGAAUGAGAUUUUCUUGAAGGGAUAGGUGAAGAGGAGGAUGUUAAAAGAGAAGAGGAUGUGCACAGUGGGGGGCAGGGAGGGAGGGAGAGAUAGAGGGAUAGAGAGAGGGGAGGGAGGGAGAGAGGGAGUUUGGGGUGUGGUCACCUGACUAGACUUGCGUUGAAUGGUGCGGGCCACGUCCAGGCACACGUAGGUGAGCAGACUGGGAUUAAGGUGGACAGAGACUGGGAUUAAGGUGGACAGACAGAGACAGGGAGACUAGAAGAGAUUACCACUUGUGUUUGAGCCACUUUAGCCGUGCUUUGUCCUCCCCCCUAUGCCAGCGCCCCCCCCCCCCUCACACACACACACACACACACACACACACACACACACACAUGCACAGAGAGACAGACACACCUCAGCUACACACUCACUUGCAGUAGCAGUGCAGUUCUCGACGACCAUAGCUCCUCUUCAGUUGCCUUCUCUUUCCAAUUUCCUUUGCUGCCUUAGUAUGCCCACACACUCUCUCACACACACGUACACACUUUCUUUUGUACACACACGCACACACACACACGGUCUCACCUGCAUCCAAAGCCUGAUGUUGGUGCGAGUUCUCCAGGGCCUCUUAGAGGUUGUUUGACCUCUACUGGGGGGGAUAAGAAUUGGGAGAAGGUCAAGGAGAUGUUGACCACGACCUCUGUGUGACCUCUGAACUUUGCCCCUUUGUCUAAGGGGGGUAUCGGGACCACUCCUUUCCUGCCACCGACCUGCUUUCCCCCGUAGGUGCGCCAGGACGGGUAUAUGAGGGGCGGAGAGGGGAGACAGGGCUGCAGCAGGUCUAGACAUUGAUGUCCACGUUCCACAGCUGCACCCAGAAGACCACUAGACUUUUAACCCCACAUGCUUCUGACCACUGCAAACGUGACUGUGUACUACAGCUGGGCUAAAGCAACAACAACAACAACAACAUAAUCAUCAACAACAACAACAACAACAGUAGUAGUCGGGAAAAUCUUGCGUUGAUUCAGACGAGUGUCUCCACCACAUGCCGAACCUGUGAGUUAUCUCCUGUAGACACAUUCCGGAUCUUUCUCCUGAUCGCAGGUGCGGCGGCCACUGAUGUCCGACAGACACACGGACGCAAACACACACUCUCCAAACUAGACUAACUGGAUACCGUUCCACUUGAAGCCUGGACACGCCCGGCCCUGGGAGCCAACCGCACGGCAUCAUGGGACAUGACGCCCCUGAUGUCAGGCCACACCCCCUCCUCUCUCCUCCUCCUCCUCUUCCUCUUCCUCUCUCCUCUCCUCCUCUCCUGUCUUCCUUUUCUCCUCUCUUCUCCCCUUCCUCCUCCUCUCCUCCUCAGCCAUGAGCCAGAGCCUCCAGGUCAAGCUGGAAGAUUGAUGUUUUUAUAGAGAAGAAGAAAAAAGCAAACAGAUAAACGAAUGUCUGCAUAAAAUGUCCUCCUGUCUAAGUCACUUCAUUCCUACCAUCUGUCCUCCAUCUUUUUUUUCUGCCUGCAGGCUGGACCAAUGAGGCGGCUCAGUAGAGCAUUCCUUCCUAGUUGCCAUCCAAUCAGUAAAUUGCAAGCUCACAGGAAGCAUCUGCUCCCCCUUUUGUUGCAUCUACACAUCACUUCCUGCCAUUUGUGCUUCCUGCAGUUGGGGUGGGGCUUGUUUGUGAUUGACAGGAGCAAGGGCGGUGUUAAGGGCAACAGGAGAUAAGUUGGGAUGUGAGCUGUUUAGCAGGCCUCACUAAGGGUGGAGGGCGCUUCUCUAGAAAUUCUUUCAUUCUAUGGACAAGGACAGAGUCUGUUAACAACACAGAAUAUGAAAUGAAAAAAGAAUCCGUCAGUCUCUGUUUUCGAAGAAGAAUGCCAUGUCUGUCCGUAUACGUGUGUGUGUGUGUGUGUGUGUGUGUGUGUGUGUGUGUGUGUGUGUGUGUGUGUGUGUGUGUGUGUGUGUGUGUGUGUGUGUGAUAGAGGGGGAGAUGGCGAGCCGUGCUGAGCUGACGUGGCUGGUCUUGUAAGCCGAUAAUGAAGAUGUCAGCUGAACUUUGGUGGCAUUGGUGUGCGUCCUGAUGAAUCGCUGCGUUGGAAGGGGAUGUUUGUCUGAAGCUGAUAAGAGCAGAAGGCAGCAGAGGUCAGCGCGCUCUGGGAAGAGGAAACUAGCAGAGAAAGGGAGAGAGAGAGCAGAGAGAGAGAGAGAAAGGGAGAAAGGGGAAGAGAGGGAGAAGGUUGGAGCGUGAUUCACCCCUCUCUCUGGCUUGAUGCCGCAGACGGACAGACAGACAGACAGACAGGCAGGCAGGUAGAUAGAAUGUCUAGGCAGUAACGCAAACAGUCUGGCAGAUCGACAGACAAGACAGACAGACAGACAGACAGGAUCAUGGACUGAUAUGUAGAUGGGCUGGUAGACAGACAGGUAGACAGAUAGACAGACAGUUUGGCCCCACAGACAGACAGACAGACAGACAGGUGCCCCGAGGCAUUGGCGGAGGGGAGCUGUGUGUAAUGGGAUUUCAGUGACCGCAAUGACCCCAGCGGACGUGUGAGCAGAAUACGGAGGCCGUGCUGAGGCCGCGCUGCUGUGCUGUUUGUCCGCGUGGCUGCUACCGCACAGCAGACCCUCCGCUAAAGCUAAUCCGGCCGAGGAGCUGCUCGCUACAGAGCCCACAGCCGGCACCACUUGGACACUCCGACAUGGAAUGUGCUGCGUUUCGCUAGUCUUAAUCAACAAACUGGAGACCGAUAGGGAAUGAAAGACAGACAGACAUGGAGAGAAAGAGAGUGGAGAAUGUCACCUGCCUUAGGUGUCUGAAGCCUUUUCGGCUGCUGUUUUUACAGUGCUACAGUCUAGUCAUUUCUAAUCAAAACCAGCAAGUUAACAAACCCUUUUUAAAAUGCGGAGUUUCAGUCACAUUCAUGUAGGAAAGACUUUUUGCGCUGUUUAUCGCUUUAGCCCUGCUGAAGACUUUACCCCUUGGGUUGGUCUGCAUGGUCUUCCUUGUGUGGUGUUGCUGUGCCGGACAGUGCUGUGCUGCCAUCUGCUGUUGCUUAGCGGAACUGCAGGCUCUUAAGAAAGAAAGCCACAUCUAGUAAAGAGGAAAAACAAAAGAAUUUGGCUACAGAUUUUCUUCAUGUUAGGAAGAAAGUCAACAGUAACAUGAAUAUGGGAAAAUGGUGAAAAUGGGAAUUGAUUUUUUUGAGAACAGUAAUGAUGGUUGUUAAAUACUUAAGGCAUUUAUUGUUUUGGGAUGUGUAUCUGUGGAAAAGUGUAAGCUCAAUGCGUAAUCAUGUACUUUUUUUACAAGUACUUUACAUGUAUGUUGCUCAUAUGUAUAACUCAUUAGCUCUAAAUACGUUGCUCAUAUACCAAUACAGGGCAACUGAACUGGACUCGCAAUCCUCCUUGCUCUUGUCAAUCACUUCCCCCCCCUGUGAGCUGUGAUUGUUUGGUAGAAACGGCAUCUCUUUUUGAGCAACCAAUUAGGCUGUGAUCCUUUCGAUUGGCCUUUUUCUGCCUCUCUAGUUUUGUCAGCCUUGUCAUUUAUUUCAUUUUCCUUCAUUUUCGUCAGGCUAUCUUUCUCUCUCCAUAUCUCUCUCUCUCUGUCUCUCUCUCAUUCUUUCUGUCUGUCCUACAGUCUGUCUUUGAGAGAGAGGCUGACUGGUAUGUUUUGGGAAAUUGGGCGGGAGUUAGGAGCCUGCUCCUUGGUACUUUAGCGAUUUCCUUUGAGCAGUACACGGCCCCAUUGCCUUCUCUGUGUAUAUCAAUGUGUUUAUAUAGAACCAGACUGUGAGGGGCGGCCAAAGACUGCGCAGAGGUAAACAUAAACAAACAAACAAAAACCGCAAGAGUGGAAGAGAGGAAGUCUACAAAAAACAUGUAUUAAAGUGAAUAAUGUGACCUUGGUUCAGCUGAGAUCUCCGGCUGGAUCAGUCUUUUUUUUCCCUGUUUGUUUUUCCUUUCUUUUUUUGGUGACAGACUGUCUGUUAAGUUAAAAUGAGAAACAAGCAAAAGUAUAUUCCGGUAAAAAAAAAAACUACAAAAAAAAAUUAAAGGUUGUUUAUUUGUAUGUUAGGGAGAGGGGGGGGAAAUCUAACAUGUUGCCCUUUAGUCAGUGGUGAUAGAUAAAAAAAAUAAGUAUGUUUUCUUUUAUGUUUUAUUUUUUAAUAAUUAAAAAAAACAAAUAAAAUGUUUUUUUAAAACAUUUUUGUGAAUGGUGUUAAGGCCACACCCGAUGUAGUGCAUGAAUCAAGUCCGGGAAACGGAGAAGGAACGGAUGGUCUCGCCUUCAGUCUUUGUGCUUAUGAAAGGAUUUAAAAAAAUGAAAACGAAAUAAAGUUACAUGAAACUGCGUAAACACAGGAAAAAAUGAAGUAAACAAACAAAAAAAAGAGACAUUGACACACGCACACACACACACUCACUCACUCACACCGACACAAAUCAUGUUUUUGCGAAGAGUAUGGUCAAGUUUCUCUUUGGGAAAAGUGUGUGUGUGAGUGUGUGUGCGCGUGUAUGUAUGUAUGUGGAAGAGGUCUGGCCUUACUUCAGUGAGCUGUACCAUAGUUAAUAAAUCAAUCUUGUAAAGUCUG